AUGUCGAAGAAAAGUCUUCACUCAGUCACCCUGCUGGGCUGCUUCCUGGCGCUGUUGGCACAGGGGCAAGCGUACAGCAGCGCCAUCCAGAGGUGCUUCCACGACAAGGAUUCCGAGUUCCUGCUGGACAUCGCAAAGCACGGCCUGAUCCGGAAAGGCCCGGCGAAGAAAUUCCUGAUCGUCGGGGCGGGGAUCUCCGGAUUGAUCGCGGCGAAGCUCCUGGAGGACGUCGGGCAUGACGUGCAGAUCCUGGAAGCCAGUGACCGAGUCGGGGGGCGCAUUCUCACCCACAGGAACAAGACCAGGGGCUGGUACGCGGAGCUGGGCGCCAUGAGAAUUCCCUCGACUCACGAACUCGUCCAUCACUACGUUCAACACUACGGGCUCAAAUUAUCCGAGUUCAUCCAAGCCGACGACAGCGCCUGGUACUUCACCAACGGCGGGCUCCACAGGGUGUUCGACAUUAACAAGAACCCCGACCUUCUGGGCUACGCGCUGGAGAAAUCGGAAAAGGGGAGGUCUCCUGAGCAGCUGUACUCUGAGGCCAUACAAAAGGUCAUCGAUGAAAUCGAGAGGGAUCCAUCCCAGUGCCAGUGUAUCCUCAAGAAAUACGAUGUCUAUUCCGUAAAGGAAUACCUCAAGAGAGAAAGUAACCUCAGCAGACACGCUAUCCAGAUGAUCGGAGACAUUCUGAACAGCCAGUCCCUGUUUUACACCGCCUUCAGCGAGAACCUGCGAGAUGAGGCUGACAUCAGCGAUGACGUCAAGUUUUACAAAAUCGAUGGAGGCACGGAUCUGCUGCCGCAGGCUCUGAGACAAGACCUGCGGCGCAGCCGUGUGCAGCUGGAGUCAAGAGUUUUGGAAAUAAAUCAGACCGGCGAGGGUGUCCGGGUGGCCUACAGACACAAACCGGACAACGCGGUCCAAACGGCGGCGGCCGACUACCUCCUGUUCACCGGCACGGCCAAGGCGACUCUGAACGUCAGAUUUAACCCCUCUCUCCCCCUGCAGAAGAGAGAGGCCCUGCGCAGCGCCCACUACGACAGCGCGACUAAAAUCUUUCUGGUCUUCAAGGAGCGGUUCUGGGAGAAGGAAGGCAUCCGCGGGGGGAAGUCCGUCACGGAUCGCCCGUCGCGUUUCAUCUACUACGGGAGCGAAGCCUUCGAGAGCGGGGUCGGGCUGGUGCUGGCGUCCUACACCUGGGCGGACGAGUCCCUGUUCUUCCUGGGCAUGAGCGACGAGGCCUGUCAGGAGGCGGCGCUGAGCGACCUGGCGGCCCUCCACGGCGAGGGCGUCCGCGCUCUGUACGAGGGCGGGGUGGUGAAGAAGUGGAGCCUGGACGAGUACAGCCUGGGCGCCUUCGCCCUCUUCACCCCCUUCCAGCUGACGGAUUAUCACCGGGACCUGUCCGCGCCCUCUCAGCGGGUCUACUUCGCCGGAGAGCACACCGCCCUGCCCCACGCGUGGAUCGAGACGUCGGUGAAGUCCGCCCUGAGGGCGGCCCGGCGUAUGAACCACGACGCGGCCGCCAAAGCCGUUCAUCACUUAAAGACCGAGCUUUAAACAACAGCCAGGCCAAAAUAUGAAAAAAAAAACGUAUUUUCAUAUGUAGGUGUAGGGUCAUUACAGUGCGUUGUGCUUGCUGUUUAUUUCUUCUGUUUUAUACUACGAUUUGUUUCAUACCGGGUGUCCUGUAUUAUUAUAAUCUAGAAACGAUAUGUGGAAAUCUGCAAAGUUUAUAGAGAGAGACUGAAGACGUGCUCUUUCUAGGCAGUUGAAGUCACGAAUGCUGUAGUCAGUUAUAGAGGUUCGAUGAGCUGCAGUACUGUAUCUUUUUUUUAAAAAUAUGAUUGUAUCUUUUACAAGAAGACAGAAGGAUACUUUAUCUGUCAUUUCAGGCCAGCCACAGAGCAUGUAGUCCUAUUCAAGGGGGGGAGUGGAUUUCUAGAAAAAAGUAAAAAAAAUCCCAUUGAAAGCAUGAAACGCAACUGGUGCUACAAGGGGUGUUUGGGUCUCAGACGUUUUUUUUUAAGGGUUUGUAUAAGGUCAGUGAGUUCUGGAGAUGGAUAGACGUCUGGGUUUAGAAAUGUACAUUCAAUGUAUGUGAUGUACAUUUGCUAAAAAAUAAAAAACGUUUCAA